AUGUUUGGUCUUGCAGGUAAACUGUACACUUACUCCACAGGGAUGAAGCAACACCUGUAUGUGAACCAACCAGAUCUAGUGAGAGAAAUGAAUCAGUGCAUCACUCUGGAUUUGGGUAAGCCUACUUACAUAACAAACAAACUUGCACCUAUGCUUGGCAAUGGCAUUUUGAGAGCCAACGGUCUCAGUUGGUCACAGCAGAGGAAACUUGUUGCAGCUGAGUUCUUCAAGGACAAAGUUAAGGGUAUGGUGGGGCUAAUGAUAGAGUCAGCACAGCCAUUGCUACGGAAAUGGGAGCAACUAAUUGAGAGCCAAGGAAGUGCCACAGCUGAAGUUAAAGUGGAUGUAGAUUUGAGAGGCUUCUCAGCUGAUGUUAUUUCAAGGGUUUGCUUUGGCCAUUCUUAUUCCAAGGGAAAGGAAGUCUUCUCCAAGCUUAGAAGCAUACAGAAGGCCAUGUCCAAGCAUGGUGGCUUCCUUUUCGGCCUCAGCAGUUUCCGUGACAAACUGAGUUUCACGUCAAAGAAGCAAAACGAGAUAACGAGUUUGGAGAAAGAGAUUGAGUCACUGAUAUGGGAGUUAGUGGAGGAACGCAAGAGGGAAUGCUCAGAGGCAUCCUCAUCAGAGAAGGAUUUGAUGCAGUUACUGUUGGAAGCAGCCAUGACUGAUCAGAGUCUUGGGAAGGACUUUUCCAAGCGGUUCAUUGUGGAUAACUGCAAAAACAUCUACUUUGCUGGCCAUGAAACCACGGCUGUUGCAGCCUCUUGGUGUUUGAUGCUUCUUGCAUUGCACCCAGAAUGGCAGACUCGUUUAAGGUCUGAGGUGGCUGAACUUUGCCCCAAUGGCAUACCAGAUGCAGAUUCUGUCGCUCUGAUGAAAACGGGGGCUAUGGUGAUUCAAGAAGUGCUUCGUUUAUACCCACCAGCAGCCUUUGUGUCAAGGGAGGCAUACGAAGAUAUCCAAAUUGGAAACCUCAAUGUUCCUAAGGGUGUUUGUUUAUGGACUCUGAUCCCAACCCUGCACAGAGAUCCUGAAAUUUGGGGACCAGAUGCAAAUGAGUUUAAACCAGAAAGGUUCAGUGAGGGAGUGUCCAAGGCCUGCAAGUUUCCACAUGCUUAUGUGCCAUUUGGGUUGGGUACUCGUUUGUGCUUGGGAAAGAACUUUGCAUUGGUUCAACUGAAGGUUGUGCUAGCUCUUAUCAUCUCCAAGUUUAGCGUCUCUCUGUCUCCUAAUUAUAGGCAUUCUCCAGCAUAUAGAAUGAUUGUGGAACCAGGACAUGGUGUUGAUAUUCUCAUUCAGAAGAUUUGA